GUGAUGAACACUGGCAGAUUUUUGAGAGCAGACAUGUGGAUUUGCAGAGCACAGAGCUCGAAAGCAGAAACUAUGAAGCUGCUGCCAGAUAAUAUCAAGGUGCUUUAUUUUGCCAGUGACUAUGUGGAGCCGUAUGUUGAGAUUAUCACAGUAAAGGACCCCAAGCGGCGCCUGAGUCUUCGCAGCUCAGGGUACUCGGAAGAGCCGGAUUACCAGGAGGAAGUUGAAGUUGCUCUUCCUGUCCUGAGCGACGACAGCCAGCUGUUUGAAGACCACCAUCUGGAGAAACUUACUGCUCACAUGCCAGUGAGGACCCAGGUCCAUCCCUGGCAGCUGGUCUACAGCACGGCCAUCCACGGGAGCAGUCUAAAGACUCUGUACAGGAAUAUGGCGGGUCUGGAAAGCCCUGUGCUGCUGGUCAUCAAAGACACACACAAAAAGGUGUUUGGGGCUUUUUCUUCCGAUCCAUUUAAAGUCAGUAAAUACUGCUACGGCACGGGAGAAACCUUCCUGUUCAGCUUCAAUCCUGACUUCCAGGCAUACAAAUGGAGCGGUGAGAAUUCCUACUUUGUGGGCGGCAACUUGGAAUCUCUGCAGAUUGGCGGAGGAGGGGGUGGAUUUGGCCUGUGGCUGGAUUCUGAUUUGUACCACGGCUCAAGCUUCUCCUGUCCCACCUUCAACAAUGAGUCUCUCUCCACCAAGGAAGACUUUAUCGUACAAGACCUCGAAGUCUGGACUGUGAAGAGAUGAUGGUAGAACAUCUUAGAAGAUGAGCUUAAAACAAAAGCAGAAGCCUCUGUCCUGUUUGGAGUUAGAACAUGCCAAGACUUCAAGGAGCAUGUGUGGUUUAAGCCACUGCUGUAAAAAACCUGCUAGAGUAGCUGCUAUCAUCGGUGUAGCCGGUUAAGAUCAGCCCACAUACAGUAGAAGCCUGUUCUAGCGCUUCUCUGGCUGUCUGUUUCCGCUGGCUCAACCUGUGCCUGUUAAAGACAAGAGGCAAUCCUGCAAUCCAGGGUGCUGCUGUCUUAAACUGCAGGCUAUUCUGGCUGCUGCUUAGACCAGUCAGCAACUGGCGCUUUAAGCCCUACAUGCCAUCCUUUUGCUUUGGGAGCAUUAUAAUACAAAGCUCACAGUAACACUGUUGAACAAAAAGUGUCUAACUACUGCAAGCACAUUCAGAAUUUUAGGGAAAACUAUUCCAAUUUUCUUUCAGCCAUGUGUGUUUGAGACAUUUCAAAAAGCGUGUUUAAAGUAUUUAUCUGCGUGAAAGUUGGUGUAAGAAUAAGUGUACACAUAUUCUAUUAUUAUGACAAACAAA